AUGGGAGCCAUCAUCAUGGCGCCGACCCGGGAGCUGUGCCUGCAGAUCGGAAAGGAGUGUCGCAAGUUCGCCCGGCCGCUCGGCAUCCGCGCCGUCUGCGUGUACGGCGGCACCGGCAUCAGCGAGCAGAUCGCCGAACUGAAGCGCGGCGCCGAGAUCAUCGUGUGCACGCCCGGGCGGAUGAUCGACAUGCUGGCGGCCAACUCGGGCCGCGUCACCAACCUCGUCCGCGUCACCUACAUCGUGCUGGACGAGGCCGACCGCAUGUUCGACAUGGGCUUCGAGCCGCAGGUGAUGCGGAUCAUCGACAACGUGCGCCCAGACCGGCAAUGUGUGCUGUUUAGUGCCACAUUCCCACGGCAGAUGGAAGCACUGGCGCGCCGCAUUCUUAAGCCUGUCGAAGUACAAGUUGGCGGCAAGAGUAUCGUGUGCAAGGAUGUUGAGCAGCACAUAGUGAUCCUGGACGAGGCGCAGAAGUUCUUCAAACUGCUGGAGCUGCUGGGCACCAGCGCCCAGCAGGAGAGCACGCUCAUCUUCGUGGACAAGCAGGAGGCGGCAGGCGAAGUGUCUCAGCGGCCUGGUGUGCAUCGGCGUGUGGUGCUGCUGCCGCCCGCGCGCGUGCUGGCAUCGCCACCCUCCGUGGCGGCGCGAGGUCUGGAUGUGAAGCACCUGACCAUGGUGAUCAACUACGACUGCCCCAACCACUACGAGGACUACGUGCACCGAUGCGGCCGCACCGGCAGGCUGCCUUCAUGA